GACAGUGCCCCCUGUCUUGUGCUCGGUGUCCAAUCACCAAACUGUUGAGAGUUUCUUGUUACUUCAGGAACUGUUGCUAUGGAGCUGACACCUCAACACCUCACACAAAGUUUUCACAUUAGAUGUUACAGCCAUUUCUCCUCGGAGGAACUCAACAGAGUAAGUAGUAAAAAGUAAAAGUUGUGUUUUUUAGGAAGGAACUGCAUGUGAAGGAAUGCAGGUCCAGUCGGUUCCGCUCGGCUCUGUCACCAUCGGACCGGAGUCUUGGCGCGAUGGGACUAUCCGCUCCAUCCGGCGUGCGGAGCGCCUGGUACGGCAGACUCGGGCCGGGCGGUCGGGGAGCUGCAGCCGUCCCCGGAGCUGCAACACCGCUGCUGGUUUCACCCCGAAGCGCACAGAUGACACGGCGGAAACAACCGAAGAUAAGAUCACAGAGGAGGAAUGUGAAGGGAGUCGUGACAAUAUCUGCAAAAAAAAGAUGUCGAGGCCCCAAACUACAGGAGCGAUGCUCUCUCUUAAUGGCACCCAGAGGACCCUUGUGGCCCCGUUCCCACCUUCCAGCUUGCGUGAGCAGUGUGCGGGGGCCAGUGUUGCCAUGGCUGGCGAGUACAUGCGCAGGGUGCGGGAGGUGGAGGGCCAGCUGCGCAGACAGGCCGGCAGGGUGAGCCAGGAGGGCAUCAAGCUGGAGAGGGAGAGGGGUCACCUGGAGAGGAUGCUGCGUAGCCUCAGGGCUGAUCUGACGGUGAACAGGAGGAGCUCUGAAGGAAGGACAAGGAGGCCUUCCACUGCAGAGACGGAGAGAGAUGGUGCUGAUUACUUGCUGGCCUGUGAGAGAAAAGAGCUAGCUGAGUUGAAACAGGAUCUGGAGGGAGCACUGAAAAACACACUGACCCAGUUACAGGCUCUGGGUCAGAGCAGCAGACAGCUGCUAAACUGUGCCAGUGAGAGGGCUCGUGUCUUGGAGCUGCUGCCUCACAGUGGCUCUGUUGGAGGACACGGCACCACUGCUCAGACCUUCACCAAAACAGACCCCGUCAGCCCCUUUACACCAGAAUGUAAACAAGUUUUGGAGUCGUCCACUUUGAUGGUCAACCAGUCGCAGCAACUAAGGGAAAACAUCAGACAGAUGCUAACCAGCGCUAUCACCAGGCAGAAAGAUGCUCAUCAUACUGUCAAUGACGGCCUGGUGAAGAAAAUUGCUGAGACAAUCAGUCUGCAGCAAAACUUGACUUUGACGUCUGCAGCCACCAGGCAGGCCAAGUUUCGCAAGCAGAGGGAAAUCAACUGUAUUCGCCACAGCCAUGACAGAGCGCAGGGUCCUGAGUACAGCGGUGACAUACUGUCCAGAGAAAAACUGAACAGGCCUCUGGUGCGAGUUUACCACAGACACCCGGGGACACAGUUACCUGAGGCUGCUCAGCUCAUACAGGGCAGUGCAGUGCUGAGACGAUGUCUCAUGUCCUCUGAAGGUGAGCUGUUGAGGCUACAGCGUGCCUGUCUGCAUCUGCUGGAUGACCUACAUGGCAAGAGAGCAGCAACUCAGGUAGACGCAGCCGUUGUCCGUAUGAGGCGUCAGCAGGUGGACAGGCGAGCCAUGCCCACUUUCCUGCAGCAGGGGGCGUACUGAAGCCAACUGCCCUUGUCUUGUGUUCAGUAGAGCUGCAGACAGCAUGCAAGUGGAGAAAUGAUGGAGUUAGUUUAAUCUAAUGUGUGGUGAGAAGUAGAGAGCAGCCCUGUGCAAAAACUUCUGGUUCAAGAUUAGUAGAAUGUGAUAAAAACUGCAGUAAAUGGCCAUAAGUAUGUGGACAAAGACUUUUUUCAUGGUUUGGUCUAGGCUCCUAAAUCUCAACUUGCAACAGUUUGAAGGCGGCCCUUUACAGUUUCAACAUGACAGUGUUCCCAUGCACAAAGCCAGGCUCAUAAAGGAGUUUAAAGAAACUUUCCCAGUUUGGUGUGGAAUAACUGCUGGGUUGCACAGAGACCUGACUUCAACCCCAUCCAACACCUUUGGGAUGAAUUAUAAAGCCCAGUGAGAGUCAGAUCUUCUCACUUAUCUCACUGAUGCUCUUUUGGCUGAAUGGGAGCAAAUUCCUGCAACCAGGUUCCAAAAAAGUCUUCCCAGAAGGGUGGAGGCUGUUAAUGCCCACGGUUUUGGAAUCACACUUUCAACAGUCAUGUGGAUGUAAUGUUCAGGUAUCCACAUACGCUUGGCCACAUAGUGUUAGUUCCUGCAGGACCUUUUGGCAGUAAUAUUAUAACAAUUAGUUAAAACUAAUUGUUAUCAGUUAUAAAAUGUGUAAGACUCUUAUGUUUUACACUUCCAGCAAAUUCUAAGGAUUUGUCUCAGAUGCAUCAAGAAAGCUCAAACAAAUGCAGUAAAAUAAUACAAAAUCAAUUUUAGUGGCCUGUACUUGUAUGUGACUGACAAAAUUUCAAUUUUCCUGAUGCAGCAAACCCCAGCCAACUAUUUUAUAUUAAAUAUUAAAAGAAAUACUGAAACUUAUUUGCCAUUACUAAUUAAUUAUGGUCUAAUCAGAUUAUCUUUAUUGCAAUAAAAGGAUGACUGCAGGAGCCAUUUAAAUAUUAAAAGUCUGUAUAUAGCUCACUCUGACCACAAGGGUGUAGUAUAUGUUCUGUUCAUGUGUUGAUAGGCAGCACAUCAACAGGUGUUUUAAAUGAACAUGAAGCAUGAGCUGAAGGUGGUGGGGAGCACAUGGUUUUUACUGUAAUCCAGCUUUGUCUCAAACCCAGCAUCAAACAAGACUUCAUGAGUGUAAGAACUGUCCUGUACGGAGAUAUGAACAACACUAUUGGAAGGAGGCUGCUGGUUGGAUUGGCAUUGCACGGGUCAAAAGGAACAACAAUCAACUCCUCUCUUCACUAAUCAAUGCUGCAAAUAAGAAAAGGCAAGGACAGUGAGUCCAGGCAGCAUUGGACCAUCAUGGCUAUCACUGGGAAGCUAACAGCCUAAUUGAAUCAUAAGCAUUGGGCUGUGGAGAUUCUUGGAGUUAAUUAACACAAUAUUAACAGAAACCAGAGGA